AUGGUUCAAACCAAACGCACCAAAGAAAAAGCAAAGGCACCAAGCCCGCAGCGUGCUCGCCCACCCUCGUAUCGCAUCAUCGAGAAGUGCUCGCCAAGUCACUGCCACCACAAUUCCGCAGCAACGAUACCGAAUGACAACACUGCUGGAAUUGGACGCCUGCAUCUCAUUGGAACCCUCCGCUGGGAAGUGCGCCACCAUGGACCCAUCGACUCUAACGUGAUAAAAGCCCAACUAGUCGAACCUAGGCAGGAAAAGUGCUGGUUCGACCAGGGAGGUAUCGCCCGAUGUUCUGCUUGGGCGUGCAUGCAUACUCUGCACAUCUCCUGUGCGCUGCGGCGCGGCUUUGUCUCGCACGGUUGA